UGCACAAAUUACAUGAUGAACCAGUCAUCACAUGAAUAAUAAUCAAGUUUGUUCCAUGGCUGACAAGUUACACAAAAUAGUGCGUAAAUUGAAACAAAGACAAUGGGAAGCAAAGAUGUGAAGUUGUUGAACUUUUGGGUGAGUCCGUUCGGUAAAAGAGUUGAGUGGGCACUGAAACUGAAGGGUGUGGAAUACGAGUACAUAGAAGAAGAUAUAUGCAACAAGAGCAACCUCCUUCUUGAGCUGAACCCGGUUCACAAGAAGGUUCCAGUUCUUGUUCAUGGCAACAAGGCAAUCGCGGAGUCCUUUGUGAUCCUCGAAUACAUCGAUGAAACAUGGAAGCAGUAUCCAUUGAUGCCUCACGAUCCUUAUGAAAGGGCUCAUGCUCGCUUUUGGGCUACGUCUGCUCAACAAAAGCUUGGGAAGGAAGGCUCAUGGACUGCGCUGGUUAAGAGCGGAGAAGAAAAGGAAAAGGCUCUGAAUACAGCCUCAGAGGUACUUGACAAGUUAGAGGAAGAGAUUAAGGGUAAGAAAUUCUUUGGAGGGGACAACAUUGGAUACCUCGACAUUGCACUUGGAUGGAUCUCUUACAUUAUUCCCAUCUGGGAGGAAGUUGGGUCAAUACAAAUAAUUGAUCGUCUGAAAUUGCCAGCCAUCAAUGAAUGGAUGACCAAUUUCCUCAACCACCCUGUGGUCAAGGACUCCUUGCCCCCAAGAGACAAGGCCCUUGAUUACUACCAUCUCUCAGUAAAGAAACAUACUCCUUGCAACACAAUGGGAAGCGAAGAUGUGAAGCUGUUCAACUUUCAUGCGAGUCCAUUUGGUCAGAGGGUGAUCUGGGCUCUGAAACUAAAGGGUGUUGAUUAUGAGAGCAUAGAAGAAGACAUCUUCAACAAGAGCAACCUCCUCCUUGAGCUGAACCCCGUUCACAAGAAGGUGCCUGUUCUUGUUCAUCGCAACAAACCAAUUGCAGAAUCACUUGUGAUCCUUGAAUACAUCGAUGAAACAUGGAAGCAGUAUCCGUUGAUGCCUCAGAAUCCUUAUCAAAGAGCUCAUGCUCGCUUUUGGGCUAAUUUUGCCGAACAAAAGCUUUUGGUGGCUGCGCGGAUCGCAAGGCUUAGUAGCGGGGAAGAACAGGGAAAGGCUGUGAAUGAGGCAAGAGAAGCAAUGGAGAAGAUAGAAGAAGAAAUUAAGGGGAAGAAAUUCUUUGGAGGGGACAAGAUAGGUUACCUUGACAUUGUAAUUGGAUGGAUCUCUUACUGGAUUCCUGUUUGGGAGGAAGUUGCAUCAAUGAAGAUAUUAGACCCGUUGAAAUUUCCAGCCAUUAAUGCAUGGAUCACCAAUUUCCUCAGCCACCCUACCAUCAACGACACUCUGCCCCAAAGAGACAAAAUGGUUGUUUACUACCACAGUCGCAGAAAGGAAGUGUCUCCAUCUUGAUGUCUUUCGCUUUCCAUGCUUGUUCCAUUAUGAAUAAAAAUGAAUAGACUCUUAUUUUUGUUCUA